CCUCCCUCCCCGGCUCUCCUCCGCCAUGGCAGGGCCGGGCAGGAGGCGGCUCCGCCAGCCCGGCUGAGGCCCCCGCUCCUGCCGAGGCCGGGGGGAGCAGCCCGGCUGCUGCCGCCCUUCCUGCCGCUCCCUGACCGCCCGAGCUCAGCUCCCCGCCGCUGCCCUCUCCGUCAGGGCUUGCCCCGUGUCGGGACGCUGCUCUCGGGGUUCUCUCCCCUCUCUCGUUAUCCCUGGAGCCUCCCAGGCUGGUGCUGCUCAGCCCAUGGCCCUUCCCGCCUGCUGCGGGUGCUGCCCCGGGCACUGCCGGACCUGGCCCGGGCUCUGCACCGAGCGGUACCGGGGGUCCCAGACUUCAACAGCUUUGUCACUCGGACCAACACUUGUGGAGAGCUGCGUUCUGCUCACGUGGGACAGGAGGUCACGCUCUAUGGAUGGAUUCAGUACCAAAGACAAGGCCUGUUUCUAAUUCUGAGGGAUUUCCAGGGACUGACCCAGAUCGUAAUUCCACAGGAUGAGGCACAUUCCCACGUGAAGAAGCUCUUGUCUAGUGCCCCAGUGGAGUCUGUUGUGAGAGUGACUGGAACUGUGUCCCCUCGUCCCCCAGGGCAGGAGAAUCUGAAAAUGCCAACAGGGGAUAUUGAAGUGAAGGCAGAGACUGCAGAGAUCCUAAACUCUUCCAAGAAGCUACCUUUUGAAAUCAAGGAUUUUGUCAAGAAAUCAGAGGCCCUGCGGAUGCAGUACCGCUACCUGGACCUGCGCAGCUUCCAGCUCCAGCACAACCUGAGGCUGAGGUCCCAGGUGGUGAUGAGGAUGAGGGAAUUCCUCUGUAACCUCCAUGGGUUUGUGGAUGUAGAAACUCCAACACUCUUCAAAAGGACCCCAGGGGGAGCAAAAGAAUUCCUUGUGCCCUCGAGGGAAGCUGGCAAGUUCUACUCUCUGCCUCAGAGUCCUCAGCAGUUCAAGCAGCUCCUCAUGGUUGGAGGCCUGGACAGGUACUUCCAGGUUGCUCGCUGCUACCGAGAUGAAGGCUCACGACCUGACAGGCAGCCUGAGUUCACCCAGAUAGAUAUAGAGAUGUCAUUUGUAGACCAAGCUGGGAUCCAGGGACUGGUAGAAGGCCUCCUGCAAUAUUCCUGGCCUGAGGAAAGAGGCUCCAUUUACAACUCCUUUCCCUUUCCAUGACAUAUGAGGAGGCACUGGCUCGACUAUGGGACAGAUAAACCAGACACUCGUUUUGGGGUUCAGAUAGUGGAUCUCAGUGACUUGUUUAGGGAGGUGGAACAUUCAGUUUGGUGCAGAAUGCCCUCAGUUACCCACACGGGUGCUGUCAGAGCCAUUUGUAUCCCUUCAGGGAGUGGUGAAUAUCUUAAAAAUAAAGACUUGCAGUCACUGAAGGAGUCUGCAAAAUCCCAGUUUAACCAGGAAAUCGUGGAAAUUAUCUGCAGACCUGAUGGAAGCUUGAAGUCUCUUCUCACAAAGUUUCUUGGUGAGAAGCAGCAGUCAGAGCUUAUCCAGGUGCUGAACAUGCAGGUGGAUGAUGUGGUGCUGCUGGCAGCUGGUGAACACAAGCAAGUGGUAGGAAACAUUUGCUCUGCCUUGGGGAGCCUCAGGUUGGGGAGUGCUGACCUCCUUGAAGCAGCUGGCUUGGUGCUCCGUGAUCCUGCAGCUUUUCACUUUCUGUGGGUGGUAGAUUUCCCCCUUUUCCUCCCCAAGGAAGAGAAUUCCACUGAACUGGAAUCUGCUCAUCACCCCUUCACUGCACCUCAUCCCUCGGAUGCCCACCUCCUCUAUUCUGAUCCCACAAAGGUCCGUAGCCAGCACUAUGACCUCGUGCUGAAUGGCUGUGAAGUUGGAGGUGGCUCCAUCAGAAUUCAUAGUGCAGAGCUGCAGCGUUUUGUGCUGGAGAAAGUGCUGAAGGAGGACUCUGAGGUACUUUCCCAUCUGCUUCAGGCACUGGAGUUUGGAGCUCCACCUCAUGGAGGAAUUGCUUUAGGACUUGACAGGCUGAUCUCUCUCAUGGUUGAUGCUCCAAGUAUCAGAGAUGUCAGCUUCCCCAAAUCCUUCAGGGGACGGGACCUGAUGGGCAAUGCUCCAGACUAUGUCACUCCAGAAGAACUAGAGCCAUAUCACAUCCAGGUUUCCUGGCCUCUCGAAGAAAAAGAGGCAAAGCAAAAACUGACUUCAAGGCAGUGCUGGAAGCUGGUGUGUUUAAGCAGAGCUAAGAUACAGCUUAUUAGCACUAGGAUGCAGCUCAGGAAAUAUCAGCUGUUAUGGAAAGGGUGGGGAUAGUGCAAACUCCACUGUACCAGAGCAGUUUCAGGACCUGAUGGAGUCCCCAGCAGGGAUUCACCUUUGUUUGGUAAUAGGAAGGAGAAGUAGAAAAAUGAAAAGAGCAUCAUUUUUAUCAUGGGAUAUUGAGGAUGUUGGCUCUGAGGUAUCAUUACUGAAGUGACAAUGGGAUCUAAUUUUUUUCCCCACCCUUUGUAAAUGAUUUCUCCUCUCCUCUGGAGGAGAUGGUUGUCAGCUUCCCUGGCAGAGGGUUGGUAUUGCUGCUGGGCACUGCUGCAGCAGAGCAGUGUGGGUCAGGGCUAACUUCACAGCAAAACACAGUGAAACCAGCAGCUUGCCUCAUGCUGGAGGAUACAUGAUCAUCCAGAACUUGCCACGGGGGGGUUUGUAUUCAACUGUGUUCUCUCUGUAAAGAGGAGAAGUGUUUUUAUUAUUUGUUUGUCCCUGUAGCACUCGUCAAAGAGGUGAUGCUCUGUCCCUGGGGCCUGUGGUCCUGCUGCUUUUCAGCACACUGAGUUUGUAUGUAUGGAAAUAAAGAUUAUCUGGUAAUGUGA